AUGGCCUUCAACUUCAACUGGUCGCCGCUGACCGCGGACGCGAAUUUUUACACUCGCGCCCAGGACCUUCUUACGGCGGCACUCAAUAAGUCGCCAAAGCCUCCGAUUAUUGUCGACGAUAUCAUCGUUACAGAACUCAAUCUCGGCUCCAUUCCGCCUGAGUUGGAAAUAUUGGAGGUCGGAGAUUUGGCGGAAGAUCGGUUUCGCGGCAUCUUCAAGAUGUCCUACACCGGAGACGCCUUUCUUACAUUGAAAACUCGAGUUCAAGCGAACCCACUCAACACCUAUCUUCUGACAAGGCCAUCAUUCGCGUCGCCGUUGCCGCUAGCUGCAGCGACACCCCUUACCAUCCCUCUCCAAAUCACCCUAUCCGACUUCAAACUGUCCGGCUUCGUCGUUUUGGUAUUCUCAAAGCAGAAAGGAAUCACUGUGGUUUUCCGCAAUGACCCCCUAGAGUCGCUCAAGGUCUCAUCGACAUUUGACUCGAUCCCAUUCGUCCGAGAUUUUCUUCAGAAGGAAAUAGAAGCGCAACUUCGAAUACUGUUCAUGGACGAGCUGCCUGCCAUUAUUCAUCGCCUGUCACUCCGCUUAUGGGUUCCGGAAUAUCGUGAUGGAGAGGAACCGGAGACACAACCAACAGCCGCUAGUACCGAAGGCCCCGGUCAAGACCCUCUGGCCAGCCCUCCGCAGGAUCCAGUGGACGCACUAGGCAAUGCCCUAAACGAAUCGGACAUUGCGUCGCUCUCCCUCGAGUCCUCCGUCGAAACACAUUCCUUGUUCUCGCAAAAAAACCUUUUACGACUUGGUGCCCUUACCGAUUCCCAGCGGACGUUGUCGCUGUUUACACCUUCCAUACGGGAGGUCGUAUAUCGCGCAUGGACAUCUCCGAGCGAUGCCGGCGAUGCUACUGCGGGCGUGAUUUCCCCGGCCAGCCCUGCGCUUUCAAGGACCCAUUCCCAGGCCGGCAACAUGUCCUCGUUCCCAGAUACCGCCAGUAUGAUAUCGUCACAGACACGGUCCACAACUUCGACGCAUAGCUUCAGCAGUUAUGGCCUGAGCAGCGGAGCCAGCCGCUCCAAGGCGCAUUCCAGGAAACGGAAGAAACGCGUUGUCGAUCUGCGCCGUCCAAAGACAACCGACGAUGCUGCAAGUGUUAGCGAUGAGGGUGCUUUUACCGAGACUAGCAGUAGUGCUCCAUCUGUCUACUCGGCACCCCUGCCCAUCGUUAGGGAGCAACCCGAUGAUCCGGUAACACCGCCUUUGGUACCGGAGACUGGACUGCACCUCCCACCUGUUCCUGAACGGCACCGCCUGAGUAUUUCUAGACCCGGGCUUCGUCGCGGAGCCGAAGCAUUUGGGCAGUCUGGAGAACCCCAGUCUUCUUCUCUUCGUACAUCUGAAGCAAUUGACGUGGACGCGACUCCACGAGGAACGAUGCGCUCUCACGUUGCCCCGGGACGGUACAAUGAGAAGGCAGAGCCUGAAACGGCGCGACAAUUACCUUCCACCAUUCUUCCGUUUACCGACGAGAAAGCGAGCUCGAACCUUGUUGAUCAAGCGUUGGUUGAGCGGCUAGCUGGAGAAAUAGCGCGCCGCAUGCGAGACGAGAAAAUGUCGGGCUCGAGUUCGUGCACGCCGUUUUGGGAUCGCCUGAAUCAUGAGGAGGCCCCGCCUCCGGCCUAUGGCCACUGA